UCAUGUAUACAUGAAUAAUCAUUGGCCCAGGGACCAAGACUGAUCGACAUAUGUCCUUUCCCUCACACUGUCAAGCAUACUACGACAUCCAGUGGUAGGGCUAGAGAACAUGUUAUUGAGUUCUGUCGCACUAUAAAAACAACUUAAAUUUGAUUUAUAGAUGUCAUAUUCUUCAUUAAAUUAUUUCAUAGAUUUUUUUGACUUGUUGUUCUUGACAUUACAACAACACUGUUCCUAAGAUUUUAAUCGACUGAGUGUCGUAAAGUUGUUUUUCGCACAGUAAAUGCUUUACGGUAGCAAUAAUUUUGACAGGCAGAAGCUAGCCUAGCAACAAACUUUAGAAGUUAUUAGCUAGCUACAGUACAUUAGUUGGGUUAGCUACAGAAAAUACAUUAUAUGAUUUAAAAACAGAUUCGCAACUGGUGGCAACUUUAACCGUGCAAGCGACUUUUUUUUCUUCGUUUUAGCUAACGUUAGCUGGCUAAACGCACUGUCUGUAUGCGAACAAUAACGAAAUCAACAACAACAUGCCAACCAUGGGAAUGGCUGAAAUAGAUUCCAGCAGUGUCGACGGGGUGCUAACAUGCAGCAAAGAAGUGGUGGUGAUGGAGGGAGACAGGGAAGACCUCGGGACGCUGUGCGCUGAAGAAGAUUUGGUGGCAUCCGCGCUUGCUGCCACUAUCACCUCUCAAGUUAUUGUGGAAGAACUGAGAAGGCUUGGGUUAUGUUCAAACAUAGAGGGAGACGUGGAAUACGUACCAUACGAAUCUGAACUGCAAAUGUCAGACAUCAAAAGGCUUAUUACCAAAGACUUGUCAGAGCCUUAUUCGAUUUAUACAUAUAGGUAUUUCAUUCAUAACUGGCCUCAACUCUGCUUCUUGGCGAUGGUGGACAAGGAUUGUGUUGGUGCCAUUGUGUGCAAACUGGAUAUGCACAAGAAGAUUCACCGUGGCUACAUUGCCAUGUUGGCUGUGGACUCCAGAUACAGGAGGAAAGGAAUUGGUACAUAUCUAGUCAAAAAGGCUAUCUAUGCUAUGAUGGAUGAGGACUGUGAUGAGGCACUGUGGUGGUCCAGGCUGGGACUGCUGUCUCUCUCCCUGCUCCAGGGGAAGGGGGCUUGGUUGGAGGAUCUCCUUGAGGUCGAGACUCUCUCCUGUCAUCUCAUCCCAAAAUAUGUCCCUUUGGGUUGGCCUGUUUAGCAGAUGCAGUCUCUGUAUCCCUUUGCUGCUUGGUGCUUCAACUACAGAGGCCAAGGGAGCAAGACAAAGUACACAAUCUAUUUAAGUACUGCAGCCCUAUGGAUUGUACGCAUCACUUAGAACAUGUUCAAGUUGGUGGUACAUUUUUUUAGCCUGGCUGAUGCGACCCAUGUAGUACACAGCGAGGGAGAGCUGUGACACUGCAGUCAGGAAGACUUUGAGUUUGGUGUCAGCCAGAUUAACAAAAUGUCUCCAGUCUCACCAUUAUCUAUGUAGAUUGUCCUCUCGUGGACCCGCUGCUCUCGGACUCGUCUCUGGUGGGCUCUCCUUCUUCGCUGGGCCUGUUGACUGAGGACCAUCUGUGCCUCCAGGAGUCCUCCCUAUACAACCCAACCCACACAGCCAGAGAGACCAUGCAUGAGUCACCACCAAAUGGUACGGUAGUUUAAAAUAUAAUAUAGUCACACGUCAUGGAAUACACAACGCAUCAAUGAUAUGCUACAGAUAAAAUGUUGAUCCCUAGAUCCUGCCCUAUGCAAUGAAACAUGAAAAUGUACAAAUUGUUAUAUACAGUAUGUCGGUUUGUGAGGGAGUGUGUGCGCGCACGUGUGUUUGCCUGGUAGUGGGGUUUUUCCUGUUCCCUGUACCCUGAAAGCGCAUCCCAUUGAGGGCCAGUCAGAGCUGUAGACCACCCCACUUUCCACUCCACCAGCGCUUUAAUCAGGCCCACUGGGACAGAAGGGGCCCAGGCUCGCAGCUCACCAGCUGCUCUCGCUCUCUCUGGUAAAUUACCUCUCAUAACAACAUUCCUGACUAAAUCAAAUCCCAUGUAAUUGUUUUGGAGACUGAGGAACAUAAGCAUGUAUAGUGCAUUCAAAAAAGUAUUCAUACCCCUUGACAUUUUCCACAUUUUGUUGAAUUACAGCCUGAAUUUAAAAUUGAUCAUUUCGAUUUUGUGUUUUUUUAAUUUCACCUUUAUUUAACUAGGCAAGUCAGUUAAGAACAAAUUC